AUGAGCGCCGGGGUGCUGCCUCCGGGGAGGCCGGGAGCCCCCGGCAGCACGGCGGCGACGGGGGGCCAGCGGCAUCGGCAGGGCACCCCCGGCCUCGCCCGGCCCCUGACGUCCUUCCUCAUCCAGGACAUCCUGCGGGACGGCGGCGAGCGGCGGGAGCCCGGCGGCAGCCGGGGCGGCGGGGGGCCGGCGGGGGGUCCCGAGCGUCGCCCGGCCCCCGGCGGGGACCCUCGUCCCCGGGCGGCAUCGCCGCCCCGCACAGAGGCCACGGCGGAGCCCUGCGCGUCCGACCGCGGGAGGCCGCCGCCAGCCCCUCGCCGCCCGCCCAAGCGCGCGCGGGCCGCCUUCUCGCCCAGCCAGGUGCUGGAGCUGGAGCGGCACUUCGGGCGCCAGCGGUACCUCUCGGCCCCGGAGCGGGCGCGCCUGGCCCGGCGCCUGCAGCUCACCGAGACCCAGGUGAAGAUCUGGUUCCAGAACCGCCGCUACAAGACCAAGAGGAAGGAGCUGGCGGCCGAGCUGCGCGCCCUGGCCCCGGGCACCUGCCCGCCCGCCCGCCCCGGCCUCCCCGCCGCCGGCCUCCGCGGCCCCGGCCUCUGCUGCCUGGGCGCCUGGAGCCCCAACGCCUGGUAA